AUGGUUGCCCUAGAUGGCAUUGCCUACUGUAAAGAUACUGGUAUUGGAAAAUCUCCUCGUUUGGUACUUAGUCAGUAUGGAGAUGUUUCUUUCUCAGCAUUUAAUACUGUUCUGUUCUGCAUGCAGGAGGUCCAUAGCAUGAGGGUCAGAAGCUCUGUGGGGUUAAUCCUGGCCGAGUCCCUCUACGGCUCACGCAACUACCAAAUCACUGUGUUGUUACUUCUCCUCACAAAGAAAUCUGUUUUACAGACCCAAAGUUGUGAUCGGCACCAGAUACUGGAUGUUUCCUUCUACGAUGAAUCCACAAUAUCAUUCCUGCUUUUAGAGACGACUGAAGAUGGACUAGGGGUGCUGAUACAGUUCCCUCUAGGGGACAUUCCAGAAACUAUGUGGACACCAUUAGUAGAUGGGUUAGAUUAUGCAAUUGAGAGAAAAGAUGUUCAGACAUUGGAUGGAGGCACCUGCUUAGAGGGAAGUCAGCUACGACGUUUGGAGAAUAUGAAACCCCUCUCAUUGGCUGUCAGUGGCACUAGGAACUCUGCCUGUGUACUGUUUUCAUCCAGACGCCGUGUCCGCCUUUUCCUCAUGGAUGCAGAAGAUGAUGAUGAUGACGAAGAUGAUGAUGAUUUAAAUAGUACAACUCAGACCAAUCAGAACGAUGAUAGUAUUCAGCCCAUGGAUGAUGAAGAUAAAGAAAAUUCUAGUUUUGAGACUACAUCCUGA